AUGGUGACUUCCACAGCACCUCCACCCUUCCUGGCCCGGCUCUCGGCAGGCACCGAGGACUCCCGGCGGUUCCCCACGUCCCUCCUGCAGCGCCUGAUGCGGGCGGACCACAGCGACGAGAGCCACCAGCCCGGCUGCUGCUUGGUGGGGCCAGGCGGCAGCGCGCGGCCGGCCCUGAAAAGAGUGAGGCGAAGAAGAGGGAAAAUACGGCCCACUCCCUCCGGCCUCUUGCAGAGCCGCUACCAACAGUACCAGCAGCACCGUGCUGGCCUGGGGCGAAGAAACACCGCGCAGGGGACGCGCAGCUCCUACGAAGCCCCCGCAGCAGCCUCGUCAGAGCCUGGGGUGGAAACGGCCGCGGCUGAGGAAGCUCCGGCAGCUCCCCCGGUCAGAACAGCCCCCGUUAGUGUCGGCAAACCCCUCAGGAAAGAGUUGUUCAAAAACAAAAUGGGAAAGUCUGAGAAGGUUACCAUUCCUUACAAUCAACCUGUUCACAGUAUACACUUGUGUGACCAAUCAAAGACUAACAGACAGAGGAGCAAAUGUAGUAUAUCCCUAAACAAAAUUCCAGCUACAAAAAAAAGUGAAAACAGCUUUUGGCAGGAAUCGGUGUUGCCUGAACUCAUUAAAAAACAGGAGGAAAAGCCUCUGAAAAACACGGAAAACGUCAAAAACAUUAAAUCAAAGAAUUCCAUCUUUCUUACUGAAGCUAACCAAAAAGAAAACUAUGCUGGGGCGAAAUUUAGUGACCCUCCUUCACCCAGUGUCCUUCCAAAGCCUCCCAGCCAUUGGGUAGGAAGCACUGUUGAAUAUUCUGACCAAAACAGGGAGAUGAUGGCAGUUCAUCUAAAAACUCUCUUAAAAGUUCAUGCAUAGUUUGUGGAUAUUUACAAAGAACAAACUAGGAAUUUGAAACCUGCCUUGUUGCAACAUGAAGUGCAAAAGACUGUCAAGUCUUAAAAUCACUUGUCUAUUUUUUAUGGUUGUGUAAAUAGUGUAUAUCAUGUAAUGUGUAUAUUCAUAUUUUGAGGUACAUUUUAGUUUUGUUAUGAAAGGCUGUAUUUUACACUGCCCAUGUGGUAGAUGGUUUUUGUAUAUAAUAAUGGACAUCUUCUAACGUGUUCUUGACACAUGGAAAGACUUGACAAUGUUUGCACAAGGUACUGAGAUUUUAAAAGGAGCAAAAAGCUCUCAUCUCAAGGUUCAAAUGGAAAUGUGAAAAACAUUACUAAUGCACUACUGAAGUUUUACAAUCUGUGGCACAAUAAGUCAUUGGGAAAAAAGCUUACAUAAAAAUACAAAUUUGUUUCAGACAAUAUAUGAAGUUAAAAUUCAAUUCUGCCUUGCAAAGAAAAAAUUUGAAUUUUAUUUAGAUAGCCCCCAAACUUAGCACUGCUGAUUCUUUAACAAAGAAUUGCAGAGCUUUCUACCAGAGAUAAUUGGUUAUUUUAAAAAAAGAGUUUAAAUAAAACAAUUUGGCCCCCCCA